AUGUUGGGAGCAGGGGGUCUUGAACCGGUACCCGAAUCGGAAGUCGUCGGCCUUGAUGCCACGUUUUUCUCUGUCCCACAACAAAACCACUACCCUCAAACGCUCUUUAUUCUGCUCCACUGUUUCCCACGCUUCUCUGCAAAACCCAUUUCGAGAAACUCCUUCACUUGCGCUCUCACACAUUCACCCACUCACAAGUACGUGUACCCCGACCCAGUUCCCGAAUUCGCAGAGCACGAGACCCAGAAGUUCAAAUUUGAACUCUUUUGGAAGCUUUCGGAGGAGGGCGUGGACGAGUUCGGGGACGACCUUCAUUCGGUCGUAGAUGUUUGCGCGCAGAUAUUUAGUGAGUUUUUGCACAAGGAGUAUAGAGGUCCUGGGACAUUGUUGGUGGAGCCAUUCACGGAUAUGAUGGUUGCUCUAAAGAAGAAGAAACUACCAGGAGCAGCUCUGGCUGCAAGAGAGUCACUAUUAUGGUUACAAAAUUUUGUUGAUAAGGAUUGGGAAGUUUGGAACUCAAAACUUAAAUGACUUACGCUUUACAGCUUUUUAUCUUUUACCAUGUAAUGAUUUCUUGUUUGGUUGUAACAUGUGGAUGCUCUAACGAAAAAAGUAAAUCACUUGUAUUAGAUUUUGACACAUUCAAAA